AUGGCGCGCGCUCGAUACCCCGCGCCUUACGCUCUGCUGCAUCUGGUCCUGCGGUUCCUGUCCAUGGGCCUGUGUAUCGCCACGCUGGCUUGUGCGAGUUAUGCUUCGUCGCGGGGGUAUGGUGUCGGCAUGAUAGGGGCGUUUAUUGCGAUAAUCCUAACCACCCUCCUCGACCUGUCCGAAGUCUCCGCCCUCCUCGACCCCCGCCGACACGUCCGCCGCCUCUCAGAACCCACCCUCCUCUACCUCGAACUCCUAGCCACCGCUCUCUGCGGUAUCCUCCCCGUCAUGUGUCUGAUGGCCUAUUUGGGGUUGAAACCGCCUGGGGGGUUUGAGUCUUGUGGGCCGGUGGGGGUUUUGGAUCAUGCGGAGGGGAGGAGUCUAGCAGUGAGAGAUGGGUCAGGGUCAGGGUCAAGGUCAGGACCCGGGUCAGGGCCAGGAUCGGGGACAGGAUCGGGGUGGGUGUGUGAGGGUGGGGAGGAGAGGAUGAAGGGGGUGUUGGCGGAGGUGCAGGAGAUGAAUGUGUAUUUGUUUUUGGCGUGGGUUUUGCCUUUGGGGUUGGUGUAA